GAGAGAAAAAUAAAGAAAUACAAUAAGAUAUCAAAAUCAUACCUUUUCAAUUCGUUUCUUUUCGUUUUGAUCCUUGAAAAAUCGCUUCGUUUGGAUCCGAAGACUGAAGUGAAGAACAAGCAUUUCCAUUUGGGUUCUUCGAUAGUGAGAGUUGGAAAAUGGUUUGAAUUUUUUUUUUUUUUUUUUGGAUUUUUUGUGGGGAGUGGAUUUUUGUUGCAUUGAUUGAGGAAAUUGGAUCCGAAGAGGUAUGGAGUCUCGGAUGGAUCAGUAUGAGAUCAUGGAGCAGAUCGGUCGCGGAGCUUUCGGCGCCGCCAUUCUUGUUCAUCACAAGGCGGAGAAGAAAAAGUAUGUGUUGAAGAAGAUCAGGCUUGCUCGGCAAACUGAGCGAUGUCGGAGAUCGGCUCACCAAGAGAUGGCUCUUAUUGCCCGAAUUCAGCACCCUUAUAUCGUCGAAUUUAAGGAAGCUUGGGUCGAGAAGGGUUGUUAUGUUUGCAUCGUCACUGGAUACUGCGAGGGUGGAGAUAUGGCUGAACUAAUGAAAAAAUCAAAUGGGGUUUAUUUUCCGGAGGAGAAACUCUGUAAGUGGUUUACACAGCUACUGUUGGCGGUUGAAUACUUGCACGCGAAUUUUGUUCUACAUCGCGACUUGAAAUGUUCAAAUAUCUUUCUCACGAAGGAUCAGGAUGUUCGUCUUGGUGAUUUUGGACUAGCUAAGACUUUGAAGGCAGAUGACUUGGCUUCUUCGGUGGUCGGAACUCCCAAUUACAUGUGUCCUGAAUUGCUUGCAGAUAUUCCUUAUGGAUUUAAAUCCGAUAUUUGGUCUCUUGGAUGCUGUAUGUAUGAGAUGGCUGCUCAUCGCCCUGCUUUCAAAGCAUUUGAUAUGGCGGGAUUGAUAAGCAAGAUAAACCGUUCCUCUAUUGGCCCUUUGCCUUCUUGCUAUUCCCCAUCGUUAAAAACGCUUAUCAAGGGCAUGCUGAGAAAGAACCCCGAGCAUCGGCCUAGUGCAUCCGAAGUUUUGAAGCACCCUUAUUUGCAGCCUUACGUUGGUCAAUAUCGUCCAUCUUUUGGUCCACCUACAUCCUUUUCCCAUGAGAAGCCUAUAUCUGCAGCUCGUGAUUCCCGAAAAAGCAUGGCUGAAAGCCAAAACAGUAACACUUCAAGCAGCGAUAAAGAUAGCUUGCUUUCAAGUGACAAAAGCGUUUCAACAAUGAUACCAAGAUGUGGUAGCAGAGGUACUGAUACAGAUUUCGCUUCAGUUGACGAUGAAGAUGGCACUGAGCAGCUCCUACCAACUGGAGAUGAACAUGAACCCAAUGUUUGUACUGUCAAAAUGGACGAGCAGGAGGUAAAGAAAUCUCAUUAUGAACAGAGAUCCAAUGUUGAAUCAAAGCAACCGAAAACAAUAAAAAAUAUAAUGAUGGCUCUUAAAGAAGGAAAAGUUCGAGAAAGUUCCCCAAUGAGAAGCAAUCGUGCGAAGGCUGUCAGUGUGUCCACCCAAAGAACGAGCACGGAAACAUUGUCUAAAAUUCCCAAGCUUAGCACUGUUGCUCCUGGUCUCAAAUCAUCUCCCGAGACACCACCUACUGCUCCACCAAAGGCACCCUCUGAUUCUACAAAGCGGAUUCAGGGGUCUCCUAUAAAGCAUCGGUUACCUAUAAUUGAAUCCUCACCAAAAACUAAACCUAGACAUGAUGGAACACCCCCUGUUCCUGUUAAGCAUGUUGUUGACGAUGGGCUUCCUGCUAAGCCUCGGCAAAGAACUCCCCCAUCUCUGGUUAGACGCUCUACAUUUCCUGGACGAAUGAAGCAAAUUGGGUUUGAUGCUCCAAAUGAUGUUAGAAAUGCUGUUAUUCUAGGUACAAGUGAGACACCCCGGGAAGCUGAGAAGGCUCCUCAAGUGCCCAAUGGUUUCCUUACUAGCUUUUCUAGAAAGGUCAUACCAGAGCCUCAAAAGGCUCAAGAAAGAAGUUCCAAAGGAAUUUAUACAGAUAGCAGCAAUUCCGUUUCAUCAUCAGUGUCAAUUCAAGGAUUUGAGCUCUAUGAUGAUGCAAUGACUCCUUUUAUUGACAUGACAGAAAAGAUGCUUCCUGAUCACGACCCUGUGACCAAUGACAGUGCUGAAUCCCAACCACCGCUCUGCUCAACACACACUCAUUUUUCUUCUGCCAUAUCUGGAAAGGUGCCUGGGGAGAACCAUGGAUGUGACCAUAAAUCUGUAGUAUGUUCAGUUGAAACUUCUGAGGUUGUAGAAACUCAGAGUACAAGUGCUGAGAGUAAACUGGUCAGCUCAAAUAUAGCUCUUGAUCUUCCAGAGCUAUGUCCUGAAGAAAGAGAUAAUUGUAAAGAUGAUACCCAUGUAAGCAGGCCUAGUAGCAGGCCCGAUACCAUGUCACAGUCAAAUCUGACAUCUGUAUCAAGUGGUGACGAUAAGUUCACUGUUAGGGAACUCCUAUCAACCAUAGCAGAAGCUACUCCUUCCAUUGCUCCUCCCAUUUCAUCAAGCCAACAAGCGUUGCAGCUAAAUAAAGGAACUGUUGUUCAAAAUUCACGAAUUGACAACCCAGGUGCUCCUCCUCACCUUCCUCCUGCUUUUGAUGAUGUCAUUCAUGUUAUACGGCAUAGUAGUUUUCGAGUUGGGAGCGACCAGCCAGUAAUUGAGUCUAUUGAGAAGGGGGUUCAGAAUGUGGAUGUGGGUAAGCUUAUAAAUGUCGUCAGGGACGAGAUAGAGAUGAAAACCUUAACAGCUCCUGCGCAUCUAAAAUCACCAAGUAGCUCUGAAACUUUAAGCUUGAAAUUAAAUGUUUCUGAUCACUCAGCUUCCAAUGAGACGGAAGCUAGAAACCCCAUCAUUCCUCCAGCUCCGAAAUCUGAUUCCUCCGAGUCAACAAAAACCAAUUUUCCUGUGACUGAGGAAGAAACUCCGGCAAAGGAAACUUUGGAUGUCACGUCUUUUAGGCAGAGGGCUGACGCACUUGAAGGCCUAUUAGAAUUAUCUGCAGAGUUGCUGCAGCAAAAUAGAUUAGAGGAGCUUGCAGUUGUUCUGAAGCCUUUCGGUAAAGAUAAGGUCUCCCCAAGGGAGACCGCUAUCUGGUUAGCAAAGAGUCUGAAAGGAAUGAUGAUCGAGGAUGGGGGGCGGAGUUCAUGAGGUUAUAUGAGAGGUAAGCUUUUGCUUUGUUGAUGUUGCACCAAAUUUCUCUAGUGGUUCCCAGCUUUUUGCCACGCCUUUGCAUAUUCAAAUUGAUUUGAAUUCUAAAUAGAAAAACAAUUUACUAUCUUUUCUUGUUAGAUAUCUGUAAUUCUUUCAGUGCAUUUUGUUGUUGUACAUAGUGAACGUACAGAAUAACAACAUUGUCAUCCAGCCAAAUGUAUUGGAUUUUCUGUUGCUUGCAAUUAAA